UACAACAAACAUUUACUGCGUAUUGGAAUAAAGCAUUAAAAAAAAACAUUACCUUGAAAUUCUAGAAGCGUACCUGUUGUGAAACCAGAAAGCUGCAGAUUGGAUUUAUAGUACUGACUUCAGCAAGCAACUGAUGUGUUGUAUUCCAAUCAAUUUCCGUUUCAUACAUGGGACAUUAUUUUAAUAUAAUUUACAAUUCUGUGUGUUGAUGAAGCAAGGAAAGUUUCAUUAUGGCUUCUUGCAAGGAAAAGAAAUAUGACAUCGGAAAAGUGUUAUCUGAUAUUCAUUUAGAUGUGUAUUAUUCCAGUUUUCGAGAUCACGGUUACCAAACUAUUUCAGACUGUGAAACAUUAAAUCAUGAAAUUCUAAAAAAUAUUGGAAUAUCACUUACUGGACAUAGAAAACGAAUUCUUAAUAAAAUACACAGCUUGUUGGGGAAAUCUGGAGAUGUUGGAUUUUCUAAUACUGAAACGAAAUAUGAAGAAGAAAGCACUUUCUCACAAGACUGUACAAUUUAUGAAACCGUAGAUUUGCAGUGCGAUAACCCCAAUUUUGAUAACUCUAUAAUGGAUACAAAUUGUAAAGAAGACAAAGAACUUUGUGACCUAAACAAUCUUCCUUUGAAACUGGAAGAUCCAUGUGAAUCUAAAGAAAAAGAUCAAAUUCCUGAAUAUGAUGUGAAACCUGAAAAUGUGCUUGACAAUAUCGAACAUGAUGACUCGCAGAAUUUAGGAUUUUUUGAAUUUCUAGGACCUAUGGUUGAAAAUGAGGUAUAUGAUACAUUUGACAACGUUUCUCCACACAAGCAUCGUAUUAAGAGUGGUCCAACUCGAUCAUUCAUACUGAGAAACAGACCUGUCCCAGAGUUGCCACACUCUGUACAUAAUAACAUCAAACACAGCUCAUCAAAAUCAUCAAACAACCCUACUAAAGAAGAAAAGACACCUCCAAUCUCACCUUAUGAAGAAACCUUUUUUAACUUACCAGAAUUGGAUACUUCGGCAGAAAAUGUUAUGUUUGCAAACAAUGCUGAAGUAAAUGAAGAGGUAUCUGAAAGAGCUAUCAGCCCUUUAAACUCAUCAGAGUCUUCAGAUAAUAUGUCUAUGAAAUCAGAUCAAUCUGGAGAGGAGUCGUUGUAUUCUACAAUGGAAGACUGCACCAGGGGGCUGAGAUUGGAUGUGACUGACAACCUGAAGAGCCUAUCACUAUCAACAACAAGCGUUCAAAGUGAAAAUAUUAGCAGCUAUGAAAUAGACACAACAGAAAAGGAAGAUUUCUCAAUUUCACCCUACGCCUGCUUCUAUGGACCCUUAAUAAAUAAAGCAGGAUGGUUAGAAAAACUAUCCCCCCAUAGAACAUCGAUGUUUCAGAAGCGUUGGGUAAAAGUGGAUGGACAAACUUUGUCUUACUAUUACAAUGACAAGGAUGUUUUUUCAAAAGGAAAGAUUUAUCUGACUGCAAUAACAAAAUUGGAUAUAAUGGGUGAAAACAAAUUUGAAAUAGUCACAUCACAAAGAACAUUUGUUUUUCGAGUGGAAAAAGAUGGAGACAGGUGGAAUUGGAUCAACACAAUGCAAAAUGCGCUAAAAUCGAAACAAAAAAAAUAUCCUUCUCUUCACCUCAGUGAAAAAAAUGGAUACCUUGAGUUAAAAGGCUAUAAAAACAAAAUUUUUACUUUGCUGAGUGAAAGCAAAUUAUGGAUCAGUAAAAGCAAACAGGAUGCCAAAGCUGGAAUUUACAUUACUGAUAUCUCAAUGGCAAUGAUAAACAUAAAAAGCACAGACCGCAAAGGUUUUGAAGUCAUUACCCCCUUUAGGAAUUUUUGCUUUACAGCAGAGUCAGAAAGAAAGAGACAAGAGUGGAUGGAAGCAGUGCAGCAAUCUGUAGUAGAAACUCUAGCUGAUUAUGAAGUAGCAGAAAAGAUCUGGUUCAAUGAAUCGAACAGGAGUUGUGCAGAUUGUAAUGCUCCAAAUCCUGACUGGGCAUCUAUCAACCUAGGGGUUGUCAUUUGUAAGAACUGUGCAGGUCAGCAUCGUAUUCUGGGAAGCAAAAUUUCUAAAGUGCACAGUUUGAAGCUAGAUUCCCCUAUCUGGAGCAAUGAACUAGUUGAGCUUUUCCUUACUGUGGGAAACGCAAAGGUCAACAGCUACUGGGAGGCGAAUCUUUUGUCUGGAAGCAACAUUAAGAUUCAUGAGGCUUCGAAUAUUAACCAUAGAAGGUUAUAUAUUACACACAAAUACAAAGAAGGAAGAUAUAAAAAAACAUUUUCUCCCAAGCUUUCCCAAGGACAAUUAGAUGAGGCUCUAUGCAAAUCUGUGGUUACUACUGAUAUUUUAGAAACGAUGAUAUUAGUGUUUAGUGGAGCUGAUACCAUGUGUACAACAGGCGAUACAAUUAACAGCACGCCAUAUCUUUUAGCAAAGGAGGCUGGACAGCGUUUACAAAUGGAGUUCUUACAUCAUAACAGAUUCUCAGAUUACAAACUUUCAGAUCUCCCUAACUCUGGAACCCUUCGUAAUUUGUUUUAUUGUGGAUUUUUACAUAAGGCUUCUUCAACCUCUAAGAUACCCAACAACAGGAAACUCCAAGAAGAUAUGAAGAAAUGGUGGUGUACCAUUGAGGAUAAUUUCCUGUGUUAUCAUGAAAAUGAGGAUACUUCUGAGCCAGAUGGUGUUAUUGACUUAAGUGAUGUAGUAUGUUUGGUUGUUCAUCCAUCAGAUCCCUCCUUGAAUUCAGGGGCUUUCCUCACUUUUGAGAUGUAUUUAUUGUCAGAACGUAUGUUUCUUUUUGGAACUGAAAAUACGGACUCUCAGAAAGAAUGGACCAAGGCAAUAGUAAAGAGUUUUGUACCCUCUGUUCCAGAAUUCCUACUAGCUUUGGAUUUCAGUAUUAUAGGCUACGUAUUUUACAAAGAUUCAUACAGCCUCAAUCAGUGGAAGGAAGGUUGGUUUGCUCUGGAAAAUGCAUCUCUACACUACUGCCGUGAACAGGAAUAUGAUCAAAGAGACAUAAUUCAACUAAAGAAACUACAAGAACUUACAUCUGUGCAUAAACAUGAAAAAAGAAGCAGUCUUUUAUUAGUUGAAAGUGGAAGGACAUUAUACAUCCAUGGACAUACAAUACUAGAUUUCAUGAUCUGGCAUUCUGCAAUUGAAAAAGCAGCAGGUACAGAUGGAAAUAGGCUACAAGAUCAGCAGCUCAGCAAAAACAACAUUCCUAUUAUAGUGAACAGCUGCAUAGCAUUUGUUACACAGUAUGGUUUGGGAAGCAAAUCUCUAUAUCUGAAAAAGGGAAACCCGCAGAAUGUAAGAGAGUUGCUAGAAGAUUUUAAAAAGGAUGCACGGAGCAUUAAACUAAAAGUCGGAAAGCAUCAACUGGAAGAUGUGACUGAUGUGCUGAAAUGUUUUUUAUAUGAAAUAGAUGAUGCACUUCUGACAAAAGAACUUUAUCCAUAUUGGAUCUCUGCCCUAGACAUUCAAGAUGAACAAGAACGAGUGGCUACAUUCAAAACCAUUAUUGAUACACUUCCAGUACUGAAAAAAGCAACUCUUGCAGCCUUAACUGAACACCUAUACAGAAUCCAAAAAUGUUCCGACGUUAAUCAUCUGGACAUACAUAGUUUAGCAUUUGCCUUUUCUUCUUGUUUGUUUCAAACAAAUGGACACAAGGACAAUGAAGUUUCUGUUGUAGAGAAUUUAAUUACUCAUUAUGUAAAGAUAUUUCAAGUUAGUGAAGAACAACUACAACAAAUGGAUACAGAAAACCGCUUUAUAACUAAAUGGAAAGAUAACAAGGUAACUCAGUCAGGGGACUUGCUCAUUGAAAUUUACUUGGAAAAAAAGGAAUUGGAUAACUGUAUAAUUAUCAGGGUAUCCCCUAAUAUGGAUGCUGCAGAACUAACUCAUUGUGCUGUGGGAAUCAAACAAAUAACUACCACAAAGAAUAUGCUAUGGUCCACUUUCGAAGUCAUUGAAAAUGGAGAGCUAGAACGCUUAUUGCACUAUAAGGAGAAUGUGUUGAACACGGUGUUACAAUGGAGCAUGCUGCCUGACCCUGGAUCUGCAUAUCUACUUGUCAAAUCAUUUUGCACAUGUGACCUUAUGAGUCCUGGAAAGAAAAUGUCAUAUCAAAUGCAAACUGGAUCCAUGAAAUAUAAAGAGGAUCCAUCCAAACUUCUUGGUGGGAAUAAAUUCCAAGAAAGAUAUUUUGCAUUGCGAGAAAGAAAACUUCUUCUGUAUAAGGACAUUAAGUGCUUUAAACCAGAGAAAGUGCUGCCGGUUGUUACAAGCAAAGUAUACAUUGGAGUGAAAAGGAAAUUAAAACCACCAACAAUUUGGGGAUUAACAAUUUAUUUCGAAAAACAUCAAUGGCAUUUAUGUUGUGAUACAAAAGAAGCACAAAUGGAAUGGUGGUGGAGCUUUCUAAAUGCACAGCAUCCAGGUGAUGUUUUUCCAUUAAGAAGAAAACACGAGAAAACGAUAACUAAAAAUGCAACAUUGAGAGAAUAUCACAUAAAACAAGACUUGGAUACAGUUAGAACAAAACAUUCUGAAACAGGUACAAACCCAUCGUCUAGCAAAAUGAUGCACAGAUUAAAUCCAGUAUUAUCCAGGGAAGAUGUCAGUUUGUCAUUGAAACAAAGGUCAUCUAUGUUGGCUGAAGUCUUGGAAAGCAAAGAAGAUGGCAAACUUACAAAACAAAAGAAACACUAUAGUUUGCUAAAUCUUGAUAGUCCAAGCAAUUAUGAUGGCAGUGAAAUGCAAAGGACAGGCUCGGAGAUGAAUAUACCAGAUCAAUACAAUAAACUGUCCCUGGCCUCCAGUGUUAAAAUGCCACCAAAACUAAUCAAGGAACUAAAUUCUGUGAUACAGAAAAACAGAAAAGAGAAGGAGUAACCUGGAUGUAAAUGUCAGAGAAUGAAAGUUUUUACUAGAAGACAGAGAAGAAAUAUUACUUGAAGAACAUUUUAAUAGGGCUUGACAACAUCUUUUAUAUUUUUUGGUUUUAAAUAUCUUGUUUUUCUUUAAUUUCAAGACACAGAGCUGUACUGACUUUACCACAGUUUAUGAUAUUAGCACUCUGUUAUUCGCUGAGACAUUUAAUCACUCUUACAACUACAACAACAACAAAAAAACAGCUAUUAAUGAUAUUGACCAAUGUUAACAUCUUAGGCAUUAAAAAAUACAGAUGUCUGAAUUGUUGAUUUGAACCAACCAUCUGUGAUGCCUUAGCAUUUUUUUAGAUAAAAAAUGUCCACUGUAAUA